AUGGAGUCUAUCGGAUCUUUCAUAAAGUUCAAUAACCUGAGAACUUUGAUCUUGGAUGUACAUCUUUUUCGCGAUAAAGCUACCGACGACGACGAUGACGAUGAAGAUGACGAUGACUACUUCUGGAACGAGUGCUUGAUGACCGGGAACUACCCUCAAACUCUUCACCUGCUCGACCUUCGAGGCUGGUCAUGGCAGGGGAUUUGCCAUAGAAUCAGCAUAUACGAAGAGGGUACACCGCGCGAUACACGGGAAUUUAUAAUGAUGAAAAUGGUCUGGACCGUUGACCUGCGCGACUCAGAAGAUAAGCCUGGUUGUGUGGAGGUGGAUGACAACCUAAUUUUGCAAGAUAGCGCCGUCAACACACUCAGAGUGACGGCGGGCAACCUGGCGUUGGCCGGAUACCACCUUGGGCGCGAAGGAAAGGACUCCAAACUGCUUGCAGACGAGGGUUCAAUGGCGACAACACUUAUCGGCCAGUACGGUGGAGAAUUUCGCGACGUCUACAUGACAAAUCCAGGCGACGCAAAGACCGCAUUGCGCAUUGCAAGUGGUAAGUAUAGAGAAGCCAACACCGAUGGUGAGGAUGAUGAGUCGGAUCCUACUAGCGAGGCAGACGAAGAUGCAGAAGAUUCGGAAGAGGACUCCGAGGACCCGGAAGGCGAUUCAGAAGAGUAUGUAGAAGAGGAUUCAGAGGAAGAUUCAGAUGACGAAUUUGAGUAUGAUUGA